AUGUCCGAUGCCCCACUGUUCACAAGCGAUUUAGCAAUGUGGUCCCCUCCAGUAAUCUCUGCCUUUCUCAGCCCCAUCAGUUCUGUGGGAUACGAACUUGCUGACGAUCCAAUCACCUUCAUUCAUGAGCCUGUCUACCUCCCGCUCGCCUGUGUUAUCUGUGGGCUCCCACAUGCUCUACCGCCUCAACCAACCACAUCUUUACCUUGGAAUCCUGUUGACAUCAUGGCCACGCCGGUAUCACUCUCCGAGAAGACGCAUAUUACAUCCGAUCGAAGUCAUCUUUACAGUCUACCAGUACACACCAAACACCAAUCUCUUUUCCGGGCAUUUGUACAACGACUUGCACGAAUUGUAAGACGCCUUAUCCAACAAAAGAGACAUAUUUAUCCUGUCAAGAGAAGCCACGAAUACUGCACCACGGAAAAUCAAGAGAUCAGGGUUCAAUAA